AUGGAGUUCUCCACUGGCCGGAAAAGGGUGAUCGACGAGUUGACUCGAGGGCGUGAACUCAUCGACCACCUUCGAGUCAUGCUGGAUGGUGGUGUAUUGAAACUGCCUUUGGCUGAAGGUCUUGUGGACAAAAUAUUGAAUACUUUUAAUGCGAGUCUUUUAAUUCUUAGCCCAACUGUGUCCAACGAGGUUUCUCAAGUUCCGACUGUGAAUUGCGAUGGCCGGAAAUCUGCAGAUGAAAGUUGCAAGACUUCUGAGCCGAAAGAUCAGAGAGGGCGAUACAAGAGAAGAACUUCUGAGUCAUGGACAAAGGAUACCCCAAUUUUGUUUGAAGAUGGCCAUGCCUGGAGAAAAUAUGGACAAAAAGUCAUCCUCAAUGCCAAACAUCCAAGGAGCUACUUGAGGUGCACCCACAAGUAUGAUCAAGGAUGCCAAGCAAGCAAACAAGUGCAGAAAAUUCAAGAUGAUCCACAAAUAUAUAGGACCACAUACUUUGGCCAUCAUACAUGCAAGAAUUUAGUCAACCCUUGUCAAGUCAUCAUGGAUUCCACUGUUAAGGAUUCUUCCUUCAUCAUGAGUUUCGGAUCGGGGUCGACGAGUCUGGCGAUACCAUCAUCCGAUUACUUCGUGGCUCAUGAUCAUCAUCUUAUGGGUGCAUUUUCAUCAGGAGCUGAUCAUGGGGAUGUGAUUGCUUCUGAUUUAUAUUCUUGUACUACAAGUACGUGGAGGGGAGGGGACAGGGACCCUCAGUUGGAUUCAGAUAAAUCAGAUAAAGAAAAAAAGUAUAAUUUCCCGCCAUUGUUAAUAUUUAUCAUUGGUGGUGUUGGCGUUGAUGGUGGUAGUGGUGGUGCAGGUGAUGGUUGUGGUGAUCUGAGCUCCGAGGAGGUGGCGCUCGUGCUUUCAGGGCCAAUUGAGGUGGCACUAGGCUAG